AUGACUGGAGGAAAGUCUGGCGGCAAGGCUAGCGGCAGCAAGAACGCUCAGUCUCGUUCUUCCAAGGCUGGUCUGGCAUUCCCCGUUGGUCGUGUCCACCGUCUUCUCCGCAAGGGCAACUACGCUCAGCGUGUCGGUGCCGGUGCUCCCGUUUACCUCGCUGCUGUUCUCGAGUACCUCGCUGCUGAAAUUCUCGAGUUGGCUGGUAACGCCGCUCGUGACAACAAGAAGACCCGUAUCAUUCCCCGUCACCUCCAGCUCGCCAUUCGCAACGACGAGGAGUUGAACAAGCUCCUGGGUCACGUCACCAUUGCCCAGGGUGGUGUUCUCCCCAACAUCCACCAGAACCUUCUCCCCAAGAAGACUCCUAAGGCCGGCAAGGGCAGCCAGGAGCUGUAA